AUGUUUCAAAGUUAAUUGGAGUAUGCAGGAAAGACAUCCCAAAUACAAUAGAAUGUUGUUGGAGAAGUAUGCAAUUUUGAAAAUCAAUUUAAUUCAAGAGUUGUUUAUUCAAGAAAAUUGUACUAGUACCUCUUAAUACAAAUGAUCGUUAUAUGUACACAAUUUGAAUUAAAGUGUUAGCAUUAUUCAUAUAUUGGGUAUAUGCUUCAGCUUCUCUAGAUUCCUACUUGGAAGGUAAGCCAUGGCUAUUUUGGCUUUGCUUAUUCAUUUCUGUAGGAACAGCUACUAUGGCAUUAAUAUUCAGAAAAGAUGUAGCAACAUUUCCAUGGAAUUGGGUUGUGUUUGUGACUUUUACUCUCUCUAUUUCAAUUGUAUGUGGUACUCUAGUGGCUUUAGGAGAUUCAGUUAUUGGUCUUUUAGUUUUUAGCAGUCUUGCAAGUAAGUAUUUAUUUCUAAUAUUAUUAGGCAUGGUCUUUUUCUUAUUUAUGUAUUCUUUGACAGUCAAAAGAAGACUCACUUAUUAGGGAUCCAUACUAUUUAUAUCAGCUAGUAUUCUACUCAUUUUUGAAAUCUUUACAAUCUUCACUGAAGUAUCCCUCUUUUGGUUAUCCACUGUAUCACUCUUUGCUUUCCUUUUAGCAUUCCUACUUAUUUAUGAUACAUAUACUAAUGUCAAGUAUAUAUAUUAUAUUUAUUAUUAGUUCAGGAGAUUAAUAUGAUGUUAAUUAAGCAGAUGAAGUCUCAGGAAGUGUGAUUAUAUAUUGGGAUGUGAUUCUCCUUUUCUUGAAAAUGAAUGAACUUAUUAAAGAUUACUUAGUGAGGGAACGCAAUUGAAUA